CGUGUCGCCUUCCUCCAGGAGAAGCACGGAGCGCGCACCUCUGAGCUGCCAGCGUGGGGAACUCCGCCUUAGCGGAUUUGAAGGGAUUUUGAGAAGAAUCAUGUCUUCAGUUGGGAAGGCUCCCCGUGGAUCAGAUGCAAUGCCUGAGAUCGUGGUGAAAAUCAUUGGAAGUAAACACUUUCAAUACCUUGUGGAGAAGCCAAAGACGAAGGAGAAUGGGAACUUGAAGGCAGAAACUCAAACAGUGCUCCUGAAACCCGUGACUGGAUUCUCUUUUAAUCAGAUUCCCAGUCAAGCAAAUGUCCAUUGCAGCUCUGUACCAACUGGAGACCAGUCUCUAUCCUAUAUGCAUGGCCUCCCCAGGAGGAAACAUAGAGACUGGUCCUUGGAACAGAUGGUGAAAGGCAGCUCUGACCAACCUGAGGAUAUCGAUCAGAGGCCAAAUGGAACAAGAGAAGACAUUUUUCUUCUUGCUUUGGUCAGAAAAGAACUCAAGUCACACUCUUUGAGUCCCAGCUUACUAGACAAGCUUCAGAAAGAGCUGAAAAUCCUGGACCCUAUCUCCUCAGGACUUCUUCUGCAGUCUCAGCUAAGCCGCAUCUUCUUGAGGCAUGAAGUUCCUCUACAGUUACCGACAGUCAAGAUUCUUUGCCAGAGAUUUUCUAGGAGGGACUCUCCUGAAAUGGUGAAUUAUGAAAAGCUACUCUGGUUUUUAAAAAGUGCAGUGUCAGAUGAUCCACAGCAAAGCAAAAUGGCUACAGACAAGAACUUGAGGGAAACUCAGAGUCAUAGCAAUCACAGCCAAAGUACUCCACCUCCAGACUCCAGCUCACAGUCGGAAGUGAACAAGAGCCUGCUGGAGAUUUUGAAGAUGGCACUAAGGACAACCAAUGGCAAACUCAACAAAGAGAACCUCAGUCUGAGUUUUCGAAAAGAAGAUCGCUCAUUCUCUGGCUGCCUCCCUCCACCAAAGGUCAGGGCUAUAUGUGGGAAGCAUGGAUUGUAUCUGACAUUGAGCCUACUGGAAAUAUUGCUUAACCAUCAAGAUUUGGGUUACCAAGAAGAGAUAAAGUGGCAGAAUUUUGUUGAGUUGCUGAGCAGAGCUUCUUCUGAUUUGUCUGAUUUGCCUACAGAGAAGAAUGAAAAGGAAUUCCCUGCCCUGCCAAGAGAGCCCGAAGUCCCUGAGAUGUCUCAAAGCAAAACUGAACAUGUGAAAACUCCAGAAGAGGCGCUGCAGUCAGAAAACCCUCCUGCUGAGAGUUUGGCCUCAAAAGAUUCUCAGAGCUCUUUGAAGAUCAGGCCAGUCUCCCAACCUUUUGUGAAUCCCGCCACGAAGAACAAGUCUGAAGAAUGUGAGCUGUGGAUAGACAGGUUCAGGAAGCUGGAGAACGCCCUCUACCUGUGUGAUCUGAGUAACACAGGAGUCCUGCAGAAGGAACGAGCCAGACGCCUCAUUCACAACUACAAUCUCAUUUACAACCUGUCCCUGAGCCCUCGGAAAAUCGACCAGGCCUUGCAGAGAUUCCGUUCUGGAGAAAAUGUGCUCUUGGAGCCAGCGCUGCGGUACUUAAAGGAACUAUGAUAACAAGCCCAUAUUGUGAGAACAGAUGUUUCCCUUAUCUCCCUUUUUACCCAGACAUGUGUUUCUCCCCAGCCUGAGUAUAGCAGUGAGGCAUUGUCGGAGUUGAGGCCGGUGCAGCUAUUGCAGUUGCUUUGGACUUGGACUUGGUUUCACACUUGCUUGCAAGCAGCUCAGAGUGAUCAGAGAAAACCAGAUUUUCUCUCUUGAUGUGGCAAGAACCCAGUUACUUAAAAUUUUCUUCGAUUCUAAUAAAGCUUAUUAUUCAUGUCACA